AUUCCCAAGGGUUUUUCCCCUCAGAGCGGGUGGAGGCGCCGUGCCGCAGCGGGGCAGCAUCGAUGGAGCAGCCGAGCGAGCUCUGACUGCGCCGCGUUCGGGAGCACUUCCAUGGCCAUGUAUCCUACAAGGGUCUCCGGUGAGGAAUGCAACGGCAUCAACGCCAUGGCGGCCGAGAGCGGCCCCGGCACGCGCCUGCGGAACCUGCCGGUGCUGCCGGACGCGCUGGACUCCACGCAGCCGUCGGCGGCGCCGGCGCCCGGCCAGGCCCAGCCCGGCGUCGGCGUCGGGGUCAAUCCGCCGCCGCCGGAGACGUCCAACCCCAACAAGCCCAAGCGCCAAACCAACCAGCUGCAGUACCUGCUCAAGGUGGUCCUCAAGACCCUCUGGAAGCACCAGUUCGCGUGGCCCUUCCAGCAGCCCGUGGACGCCGUCAAGCUCAACCUCCCG